AACAACAGACCCGAGGCAGAGGCCAAACUAUGACUGAGGGUCGCAGGUCAAGUUCAUCUGCAGCUGAACAUGCGCCGAAGAUAAAAGAGCGAUAGAGAUCGCAUAAUUCAUCCCACGACCGCCUGUAGCUUUCCCAACUCAGCUUGCUCUGUACAAACAAUCUCACACAAGCCACAGGCAGAUGGGAUAAGUCCGUGACUGGUUCGGCGCUGUAUUGGGCGGGGAGCUCGGACGCACAUGAUUGGUUUAGAGUUUCAGCAUCGCCCCCAUCUACUGAAAGUGGUGCAGCCCACGUUGGGUACCAGAGAAGGGAACAGAUUUUGUAAGUCAUCGAUGCGGGGGAGGUUGGGGUUUGAUUUGAACAGUAGCUUUACCUUACACGUCGCCGCACUUUCGGUCCGUAGCUGUGUCUCUAUAAUUCCCACGGGCACUUGCCUUGCCCGCCCCCGCCGAGCCUACCCGCUGGGAGGAGCUGACAUGCCUUGUUCCAAGCUCGCCGCCUUAACCGCUCAGUCAUGACCGGGCUGAGUCGGGAAUCAGUUAUCCGCUUCCUAAGCGAGCAAGGCGGCCGGGUACCAAAUCAGAAUCUACUGGGACACUUCAAGGAGCUGCUGAAUGAGCCGCCAGCGGGGGAGUCCCGGGAAUCUGUCCGCAGCCGCUUUAAGGACAUUGUGAAUGAAUUGGCAACCGUGAAGGAAGAGGCCGGGGUGAGAUAUGUCUGUCUGCGGAAAAAAUACCGAGAGAGCGGAACGGGAGCGCCCUCAUCAGAGAGCUCGGCUAGUGACCAUGAGGCGGCCAGCGAGUCCCCAGGGCACAGCUCCGAGGGGGAAAGCAAGGACUUGCCGUCACCUCCCAGCAUCUCCGUCACCGAAGCCCCAGGGGGAGCCGCUCAGCAGCCGCAGGAGAAGGAGGGAAAUAAGAGCGUCCCCGGGUCACUAAAGCAGUGCCCUGGCUCCCCGGAGGUUUUCCUUCCCAGCGGUAGGACUCCAAGGGGCAGCCGCAGGGGUGUGCGGGAUCCCGUGUCCCCCCAGUUCCGCCGGGGCCCCCCGCUGCUUCGGGCCGGGAUGCGAGACUCGGACAGCUCGUCCCUUCACAGCUCGUCUUCGGUGUCGGGAAACGAGGAGGAGGAGGGCGGCGCGGCACACGGGCAGGCGGCACUGGACCCUGUGGAACACGCCUGGAUGCUCAGUUCGUGCCGGGGCCGCUGGGAGAGCUUACGGGAGCUACUGAGCAACGAGCCCGGCCUCAUCACCCGCAGGGACUUCAUCACCGGCUUCUCCUGCCUGCACUGGGCCGCCAAGCACGGGCAGCAUGAGCUCCUGGCUGCUCUCCUCUCCUAUGCGCACCAGCACCGUGUGCCCGUCAAUAUCAAUGCCCGGGCUGCGGGGGGUUACACGGCUCUGCACUUGGCUGCCAUGCACGGACACCUGGACGUUAUUAAGCUGCUCAUAGGGGCAUACGAUGCCGAUGUGGAUAUAAGGGACUACAGUGGCAGGAAAGCCUGGCAGUACCUUGGCCCAAGCACGACCCAUGAUGUACAGGGGCUGGUGGGUGCUCUGCCCAGCGCAGGGGGAGAAGAGGAGGAAGGAGGGAAUACGGGCUCGGGCCGCUGGCGGCUCUCUAAGGUGCUCCCCUCCCAGCUCAUUGUACACCGGCUCUCUCAGCUACCGGAGGAGCAACCGGAAGGGCCCGGCGCAGGAGGCAGCAGAACAGAUAUCUACAGGAAGGGGUCUGGGGUAAAGGGGAAGCCAAGACUCAAUAAAAUCCGAUUUAGGACUCAGAUAAUCCAUAACAACCUGUCCUCUAGAGACACUUAUGAGCAGGAGGAUAAACCUCUCAAGAGUCCAAUGAGGCUCAGGCCAAAAUCCAAUGUGUUCGGGUGAUCUUAACAUUAAACGCAUCGAUUUUCUAUCUCAAUGGGUGGGAUAGUUAUUAUAACAGAGAGAACCCCCUCCAGCUACUGCACAACCCAGCAGUCUACCUAUGCUGGAAGCUGGAGGUUCCUUCCCUACAACCACACAACAUGGGGGCAAAUCAGAGUGCACCCACCUUGCUGCACUGAGAUGCCUGGCAUACUUGAACUUGUUCCAGUUGAUUUGGAAUUCAGUGACUAUCAUAGAAAUAAGCUCUGAGUGAAAACUGCCUUGGAAAUUCUGUGGUGCUGCUAGACAAUCUGCUGGCCUGAUUUACUCUAGUAGCCAUUAUUUGUAGCUCUUCUUAAAUUGUAGUGCAGACAAGUGCACAUUUCCAGUUUUGUGAUAUUGAUAACCAAUUCUUUUGUAACUGUUGCUGCAUCUUUAGUAAUGUCACUCCUGUCGUGCCACCAAUUUUAAUACUGUAAUGUAUGCUGGCAUAUAUAUUAUACGUGACCAAAUGUUUGAAUUUAUCUUUGAACUUUAAAAUGAUGCACAUUGUACUCUAAAAUGUGCUCAAACCUUGCUCACUGCCUUUCAAAAUUUUUAACCUAAAGCUUUAUGGUGGCCAUACACAGCCAUUAGACUUAUUGGCUUGCUGAAUCAGUCCCAUAUUAACAGAGAGAGAGCCAUAAUUACUAGAACUGCAGGUAGUGAAUAGGAGCUGUGGUUCCUUCUCUGUACAUUCUGCACUUCCAGUAGUUCUGUUAAGUAAGUGCCAGACCAUAAUUUUUGCGUUUUUGCGUGUGAUUGCAAAUAUAUAGCACAGACCUCUACAUUUUAGUGUAAUGGUAUAUUCACUAAUCACCCAGGCAUUUGAGAUCCUAGUCAUAACAUAGAGAUUUUUUUUGCUUUUAGUGCUUGUGCAAAUUUUGAGGCUUGUAACUCAUGUAGUGUUUUGGCCCCUGUUAGCACCUUUCAUGUUUCAUUGUCUGGCUGCACUAUUGACCCCUUUACUGCUUCUUCAAACUGAAAUAUUGUAUAAUCUCUUGAAAUAAUUUUAUCUGGCAGAGCAGCUAUGUUUAGUAAGGCUAUGUGCCCUUCAGGUUUUGUUGUGUGAUUAGGGUCUGGUGCAUUCACUUUACCUUGUAAAAGGACCAUAUUUUUAAAAUGAGAAGCAAAUUCUUAGCAAAAAAUGCCUUGAUGGUGCCUCCAUCCAAAACAUCUGUUACAGCUGUGGAUGUUUGGAGAAGGAACCCUAUUCACAUAGUCUGGCCUCACUGUAAUGAUUAGCCUAUCAGAUCCCAGCUACAUGAUAGACAUCAGUGUGUGCAGUGCCCAAAGGUGUUUAGAUACUGUCUUUAUUUAAUUAAAGUUUAACUUUAAGGCUAAUGAUCCACGGGGCGAUUUAGUCGCUGCAAUUUUUUAAAUUUUCCAGCGACAAGUCCCUCAUCUUUUCUUGACAAGUGAUUACUAGAGAUUUCAACAAUGAAGAAAUUCCAUUUCCCACAAAUCCAGGUGUCAUAUUCCCUGCCCACAAUUAGAAAUUACAUUUAGUGCAAUGGGAAAUCGCAGCGACUUCCCGCUCAGUGGGUUUUACUUUCCGCGAUUCCAAAAGUUUUGAAUGACAAUGCUUUCUUUGUAAAAUCGCUCAAAAAAGGGUCUCAUAGAGAUUCGGAGUGAUAAGCUAUUUGAAGUAGUAUCAUCGGUUUAGGUACUGGCGAUUUAUAUUCUUCUUUAUGUAGAGACAAAGUGAGCGACUUGUUGCUGGAACUCGCUUUUUAAAAAUGGCAGCCUUCAGGAGAAAAUUCUAAUGUGUUUGAGCAAUCCACAGUGAAUCUAUUAAAUCUGUCUCCUUGGGAUAAAUAACAUUGUGUAGUGCUGUGCCAGGAGGCAGGCAUUGCAGCAGCUGGGAUGGGGGCACAAUUUUCAGUCUUUAUGAUUUUACAGAGUUUUGACUACAAUAUACUUUUUGUGCAAAAUGUUAGUUUAACCCAUGGCUUAGUAAAGUAUUAGCACAAUUUUUAAGUCAUUUUCAUUCUUAUGAGGUGUUUUUUAAUUGUGUAAUUCAAUGUACGUAUAUUGUGUACCCUAAAAUACAUAUAUUUUUGUAUUUCUAUAUUUAGUGUGCCAUAUGGUACAUGUGGAAAUUGAUCAGAAAGCAGUACAUUGAUUUAUAGCACUUUUGUAUAUAAAUUACAGCUAAUUUUGUCAACAUUGGUACAAUGAAUUGAUCUGACUUACUGACCAAAAUCUGGUAUAGCAAGUUCAUGUUUGCAUGGAUUUUCUUCUGGAGAUCAGUCUGCUCAGGCAACUUUAAACUAUAGCACUUAGAUAUUACUGGUGUGGAAAUUAAAUGAUAAAAGGUAGAGGUACAAGAGAAAACAUUCCUAACCUACAAAGACUUACAAUCUGUAGGGAUGCGUGAGAGCAAUUCUAAUAAAAAUGAUGAAAUAAGAGCUAUUAAUGUUUUAUUGUUAUUCCUCAGCAUUUAAUAACCUGCUAAUAAACCACUAUCAUUCAUUG